AGCAGAAGUCUGACAAUUUAAACCAAAUGUUAGACUGUUUCAAUUAGUUUUGCACCGCUAGUAGCGGAAAAUAGCUCCUCCACAAUUAAAGCAUCUUUUGGACCAAAUUGAACAGGGGGAUUUGCUGUCGUUUCUGUCGACGCCGACGCGGUCGAGCUGGAGCUAGGAUUAUGAUAGCCAGGACAAGUCUGAGCGGAGGCAUCACUGCCCAUCGCCUCUGUAAGAACGUCACCUUGUACCUGAAUGAAUUAACCUCUCCAGGCGCAACGGUCCAGAGUCAGACCCCUCAGCACCCCAAACCCCUCAUGCUGAUGCUGCCGUGGCUCGGAUCACGAUCCCAAGCUGUGACCAAAUACUGUGAAAUCUAUUUUCGGACAGGUUUUGAUGUGCUUGUGGUGGAGAGUGAGAUUCUGCAGAGAUCCACAGCUCAGAUGGGAGAAUUUGUUGACUGGAAAACUAUUAGUCGUAAACUAAGCAGACAAGGUCUCAAAGAAAGAAUAGUGAAAGACUUCCUGUGGCCUCGCUGGGGACUGGAGCGUGGAAAAACAUUGCUGGAGUUGCUUCAGAGUGAACCCUUGGUGACCCGGCCCCUCCUCAUUCAUGCCUUCUCCAUUGGCGGCUACACGUUCGCUCAGCUGCUGGUCCAUAUCUCCCAGGAUAAACAGCUAUACCAAGCAGUGAUAAACAGGAUCAAAGGCCAAGUCUAUGACAGCUUGGUGGUGGGCUCAGUGGAGCACAUGGCCACAGGUCUUGGCAAAACUUUGUAUCCUCGUUGGGAGAGUCUAAUAGUGCAAUCCAGCAUGCUGUACUUCCGCAUUUUUAAACACCAGACAGUGGACUACUUCAACGCAAGCAUCGAUACGUUUUAUAACACUCCAGUCAAAGCCCCGGCGCUGAUCUUCUUCUGUGAAAACGACCCGCUGAGCGACGCACCGAGUGUGGAGAAAUUGGUGGAAUACUGGCAGAAUCUUGGGAUGGACGUAACGGCCAAGAAGUGGGAAGUUUCAACACACGCUGGUCAUCUACGCCGACAUCCGCAGGAAUAUCUGAGCACUUUAAACACAUUCCUACACUCGCUCCACAUCGUCCCGCUGAAGGCCAAGAUGUGAGGCCCUUUACGACAGGCUAAAUUCAAAAUACCUAAGUUGUUCUUCCUGUGCUUGGUUGCUUUCGCAGCUAGGGAUUUGUAAAUACAUUUGAUUUAAAUCACAGCUCAAAUGUCUUCAAAAAUUGGGUUCAGUUGUUCUGAUUUAAAAAAAACAAAAAAACUCAGUGCGAGUUCACCAUUCAGAACACAACCAUUGUGGCUAUCACAAGUGAUACUGUGAAACAGCAAUGAAGAACACAGCAGGGUAGAUUUUACAUUACAUUAAGCUGUUAGACCUCAUGUUUUAUUUAUUUUUAUUUUUAUUGUUAUUUUAAGUUAGAUUGUCAGAGAAUCUUUGUUGAACAGAAAGCUACCGUUGUCACUCUUUUCAAUGUAAUAUUUCUUUUAUUUUUCUUUUAAAGCUGACAGACAAGACUCAAGCACAUUUCCCUUUCUCAACAUCUCAGGUGGGAAGUCGACUAGAAACAGUGAAUCUGCAGCUAUCCUUCAUCUUUUGGACAUUUAUCUUAGCCACACCUUCCCCGCAUUCAUUCUGGAAACUGGGAAGCAAAACUCAUGUUCAGUGCGGCAGCCUGGAAGUACACUCACGACAUGGUUUCCUCAUUACUUUCCUCUUUGACAACUUUUGUUUUCGUCUUGCUUAUUUGUGGUUAAAACAUGUUGCUUAUUGCAAUGUAUGGGUCUUUGAAUAUAUUUUAUAAUCAUGACAUCAUAUAAUCCUAUGAGAAUUAUACUUUACUGAGCCGUAAUGCCUUGAAAACUUAAGUGGAUGUUUUUGGUGCUAGUAUGUGAAGGACACAACUUCUUUGAACGUGAACCUACUUUAGUGUUCAUUCAAAGCAGAAUUUACCAAGCAUUUCAUUACAAAUCCUCUCUCAGGUUUUUUUUUUUUUCUGUGUACAAUAAACUGUGCUGCUUAUGACAUGAAAUUAUUUGUACAUCUCAAAAGAUUUGAAUAUGUUACAAGAUUGCUGUCUCGGCAGAUGACAGUCAUCAACUCCCUUCACAGCAAGAUUAAGCCGUAAAAAUCACUGCUGAAGAAAUUGAUUGUGUGGUUUUCAACCUUAUUAACAGAAAAUGAAUGUGAUGUGGUUGGAAAUGGUGCAACAACGACAGCCAGAACAGCCACCAAACACAGCUGAAUGCUAGACAUAGGCUAACAAUGUCACAUUUCCCGCGUCAAGUGUACGUACAUGUACGUGUGCGAGAGUAAGACAGAGGAUAUGCAAGUUGUUAUAGAGUGCAGAAAGAAAAAAUUGCAAUAGAUUGUGUAAAAUCUAUUGCAAGUCUCGCAUUACUUAAAACGGGAGCAUAACAAUCUGCAUUUUAAAGGAAAUGGCUAUGCUUUGAUUGAUUGUACUUACGAUUCUGUUGGACUCGGCAAGAUUAGCUGCAGUCCUGCUGAAGCUAAUGUGGAUCUUGGUAAACAGAAACAGUGCUUUCACAAAAACACCAGAGCUUUCCAGAAUAGGCAGUAGCUGCACUUGAAAACUGAAGUAGUUCUGAUUGGAAAUCUCCAUUGUUUUAGCAGAUUGUUACGCAGUUUAAUAAUGAAGAUCAUUGUUGAAUUUAGUGCCUUUAAUUUGAGCUGUUUCAUUAACUGCUGUGUACUUUCAUGGAAAGGAACACAGCAAGUAAAUGUUAACUUUCACUGUGCUAUUUGUGCAAAUUACUAAUCAAUAGUAAGUUCUCCUGGUGUUCUUGCUCAUUUUCUUUUUAGUUUAAAAUAAAAAUCUAUAUUAUAAUUAGGCUAUCUAGUUGAGAGUGUUGUUGUAAAUUUUAAGUUCUCCUUCUGUUAUCCAUGUUAUGCUUACUAACCAGACAUUCCUUCUUUGUAUUUUGGAUUAUAUUAAGCAAGAUGUCUUUUUACUUACUAAAGAUUGUAAAAAAAAAAAAAGGUAUAUUUUCCCCUAAGUGCAGU